AUGAAAUCAAACAUUCUUGUUGCUAUUUUACUUCUUUAUUAUGCUGUUCUUGAUGAAGCACUUCAAUGUUAUUCUCAUGAUACAUGCUCAACUAAUUGUCCAAAGUUAAGUAAUACAAUAAGAUCUUGUACUGGUGAUGAUAAUAGAUGUUACAAAUCUGCAUUUCCGAGUGGUAUUGCUUGUGGUUGUUCUAAAGAACGAUGUAAUCUUCAAAUCACUGGUUCUUCAAUUCUGGCUAAUGUUUGUUGUGAAAAAGAUUUGUGUAAUUCAACAAUGACAUCAAGACUAACAUUAUAG